CACAGUACCUAGCUACGAUAAUGCCCCAGUUUCUCGUCGGCCAUCAUUCCUGCUGGACUUCACUGGCAAAUGUUAGCAGGCCUGGUACUGAUAGCCGCUCGCCGUGCGCUCAAUGCUGUGUGGAGUGAUACUACUACUACUAGCUAGCGUGAAUGGUCGUGAAACAAGUGCGCUAUCUCUCUCCUGCCCAGUCCCAAUCGUCAGCGUUCCCUGUUUUUAGUUGGAGCGCGAACGAACACGUGCCGUGGAUAUUAUUAUCUGCGCGCGUUUCUCUGCACAGAACUCCAGCUCGCUAGCAAUCGCAAUGUAGCCGUGGAGUGUUGACCCAUUUGAUGUUAGCGACUUUUAUUGAUUACGGGUAUUUCCCAGUGACGGCUGUAGUAUUUUUCACAGCGCUAGCUGCUCAACACCGCUAACUGCUCACUAAACUCAGUAGCCACAAUGAAAAGCAAAAAUUCGAGCGCUGCAAGUCAACUUGCCAAGGACACAGCAGCAGCGGCGGCGACAACAGCCACGGCAAUGUCAUCUUCCAAUGCUAGUACGACAACUGCCAACAGUUCAACGGCUGCAGCAGCAGCUGCAGCAGCAGCAGCAGCAGCAGCAGGGAGUACAGGCUCCGCGCCAUCUAGUGUUGGAAAUGGUACCCAGCAGCUCACGACGCCGACCCCAACCACGACUGCCUCCGCUUCGUCCGCAGCUGGAGCCGCAGCGGCUGCUGGAGCUAGUCCCGGAGCAGUGGCAAGCGGAUCUGCUUUAGCCUCCAGCCUCCAUAUCAUGGCAUCGGCAGCGGGGGGAACAAGUAGCUUGCAUCACCCGCUGAAAACCAUCUCCAUUGAGGAGGAGGCGAGAGAAAAGCUGGAUCUUCUUGUGUAUGAAUAUCUCAAGUUCAUAGACUGUGAAGGGACGGCACAAGCUUUUGCAUCGGAGGUUAAGACUCAUAUUGACGUCAGCCAGAAACCGACAGCAACAAGCUUUUUGCAUCAAUGGUGGAGUGUAUUUUGGGAGCUGUACUGCGCAACACCUGGGAGGACAGAGAAGCACUCUCAGUCUACCAAGGAAGCAAAGUCUUUCAUGGACACUCACCUGAUGAACACCAAUCACCAUGAGCCUUCUGCAAACCACACCAGCUCUGGACCAAAGUCUGUGCUCGCGAAAGCAGCAUCUGCAACGGGAGCAGCGUCGGGCGACGGGACUGUUGGCAUGCAGUUUGCGCCGCAGUCCAGUACAGCAGCAACACAGCAACAACAGCAGCAGCAGCAUCACCAACACCAGCAGCAGCUACUACACCAGCAACAACAACAGCAACAACACCAACAAAAACAACAACAACAACACCAGCAGCAGCAAAAUGCACAAAUGCAACAACAGCAGCAGCAACACCAACAUCAACUACAGCUGCAGCAGCAGCAGCAACAUCAGCAAGCUCAGAUGAAGAUGGAGCCGAACACAGCAGCAGCGGCAGCAGCAGCAGUUGCAGCAUCUGCUGCAGCAAUGCAUACAGCUCAGCCACCGGAGGCCAAGCGCUCACCUCGCACCCACUUGCAGAAAUCCGCUUCCACUCUUCACCAGAAUAUUCCAAACGGCUCAUUGAGCAAUUCCCUAACGUCAUUUGGGGCUGGACAACUCCCACCUACCAGUAACGUCGGCUUAGAAGCAAUGGCUGCUGCUGCUGCGGUGGCAGGUGGUGCUGGUGGUGCUGCUGGUGGUAGUGGUGGUGGAAGUGUAUCAGCAUCGACGGGCACUUCUAGUCAUCAGUACUUCAGUCCAGGCACCCCGUCUGGACAAGCCGCCUCACCGUUAAUGUCAUCCUUCCACCAUCAACAACAGCAACAACAACAGCAGCAGCAACAACAACAACAAUUGCAUCAGCAGCAUCAAGCAGCCCUGCUCGCUUCUCAACAGCAGCAGCAGCAGCAGCAACAACACUCCCAGCAACACUCACAGCAGCAACUUGGCCACAAUCACCACCUUCACGGACACGCACAGCAGCAUCACGGACCGCAAACAGCCCAGCAGCAACAGCAGCAGCAGCAGCAAGCACAAGCUCAUCAGCAUGAGCAUCUCACCCAUCGCCAUCCCAGCAUAAGUGCCUCGCCAGGAAAGCCGGGUGCUAUGAGUGCGUAUCCGCAGAAUGUCUCGGGAAAUUCCUCCCAGUCGCAUUCGGCCCUCUUAUCACCGACCGGUCCUCAUCCAGGAAUGGCGCAUGUAUCCAGCGCCUUUGGAAGUAUGCCCAUGUCACCAAGCUAUGGUACAGCGGCUGCAGCGGCUGCACAAGCUACAAAUCAGAGACAUCAGAGGACAAUGUCACAAUCGCACAUGGCAUCACCUGGAUUACAAAGCCACCAAGUGGCAGCCCAACAGCAGCAGCAGCAACAGCAGCAGCAGCAGCAGGCGACGCAGCAUCAACAUUCGGCAAUGCAGAGGCCGACUCCGAAUUCGUUAAAUCUUGCACCGGCGCUAGGCGUGUGAAGAUGUGUGUGAAGC